AUGGGCUUGCUGUCACAAGGGUCACCGCUCAACUGGGAAGAAACCAAGAAAUAUGCAGACCAUGUCCGGAAACAUGGCAUCGUUCAGUUUCUCAACAUCUAUAACAAAGUUAAAGAACGACAGAAGGAUGUUUUGCUGUGGGGUGAUGAGGUGGAAUACAUGUUGAUUGAAAUGGAUGACAAAAAUGAAAAGGUUCGUCUCGUUCUCAAUGGUGGGGAGGUUUUGGAAACCCUUCAAGACAAAGGUGAAAAGACAAACCCCAACCAUCCUACCCUGUGGAGGCCAGAGUAUGGCAGCUACAUGAUCGAAGGCACUCCAGGCCAGCCGUACGGUGGUACCAUGUCUGAGUUCAACACCGUGGAGGACAACAUGGGCAAACGAAGGCGAGAGGCCUCAUCUGUGCUGAACGAAAAUGAAACCCUUGCCACCAUUACAUCUUUCCCAAGGUUAGGUUGUCCAGGCUUCACCCGACCUGAAUACAACCCAACCCCUGUCGAGAAAGGAGUGUCAAAGUCACUGUUCUUUCCAGAUGAAGCCAUUAACAGACACCCAAGAUUCAGCACCCUGACCAGAAACAUUCGUCACAGAAGAGGAGAGAAGGUUGUGAUCAAUGUACCCAUAUUUAAAGACAAGUGCACCCCAUCUCCAUUUAUCGAGAUGUUUCCGGAAGAUGACGGGGAGGCUGCCAGAGCGGCUGUCCCUGAUCACAUCUACAUGGAUGCCAUGGGCUUUGGAAUGGGCAACUGCUGUCUUCAGGUGACAUUCCAAGCUUGCAGCAUUCAAGAAGCAAGAUACCUCUACGACCAAUUAGCAACAUUCUGCCCCAUAGUGAUGGCUCUCAGUGCUGCCUCGCCAUUCUACAGAGGGUACGUGUCAGAUAUUGAUUGUCGCUGGGGAGUUAUUUCUGCCUCUGUGGAUGACCGGACCAGGGAGGAGAGGGGGCUGGAGCCUCUGAAGACCAACAAAUUUCGAAUCUUGAAGUCAAGAUAUGAUUCAAUCGACAGCUACCUGUCCAGCUGUGGUGAGAAGUACAAUGACAUAGAUCUGACAAUAGAUGAGGAGAUUAACAAGCAGCUGCUGGAUGCAGGGAUCGACAACCUGCUGGCCCAACACAUAGCACAUCUCUUCAUCCGGGAUCCACUGUCACUCUUUCAGGAGAAAAUUCACCUGGAUGAUGAAAAUGAGUCUGAUCACUUUGAGAAUUUGCAGUCCACCAACUGGCAGACGAUGAGGUUCAAACCGCCGCCUCCUAACUCUGAAAUAGGAUGGCGAGUUGAGUUUCGCCCCAUGGAGGUACAACUUACCGAUUUUGAAAACUCUGCAUAUGUUGUUUUCAUUGUACUGCUCACCAGGGUUAUCCUGUCCUAUAAACUUGAUUUUCUGAUCCCCUUGUCAAAGGUUGAUGAAAACAUGAAAGUUGCCCAGAAAAGAAACGCUGUCCAAACGGGCAUGUUUUACUUCCGGAAAGACAUCUAUAAAGGGUGCAACCCUGUGCUCGACGGCUCUUCAGCUGCCCAGAAUGGCUUGGACAACGAGGGUGACAAUGAUUACACACUGAUGAGCAUUGACACCAUCAUCAAUGGAAAGGAAGGUGUUUUUCAAGGGCUGAUACCAAUUCUCAACUGCUAUUUGGAAAACAUGGAGGUGGAUGUUGACACAAGAUGCACCAUCCUGAACUACCUGAAGCUCAUCAAGAGACGCGCCUCAGGUGAACUGAUGACCAUGGCAAAGUGGAUGAGGGAGUUUGUGGAUAAGCACCCCGAAUACAAGCAAGACAGCGUCAUAACGGACAAAAUCAACUACGACCUUCUCCGGAAGUGUGACAGCAUUGCAAAAGGGGAUGAACGAUGUCCAGAACUUCUAGGAGAUCCAGUAAAUCGAGGCAAAUAAACCAAAUGUCACUGCUGUAAUCAACGAUUGUACGUGUUGUCCAUCAUCGAUACAUGUUGCGCCCGCCUCAAACGGCUUGCAGGGGUCAGAGGGUGUAACAAUAAGCCUUGGCAUGGAAAAGGAACGACCAAAUAUCUGGCUGGACAAAAAAAAAAAAGUGUUCAAACAACGGGGUUUUAAUGGAAAAUCUAAAAUGCAUGUGUGCAUUGCAAUUGUCAGGCUGGUGUAUUGAAAAGAUUUUUACAAUUCCAAAUUAUUUUAAUAGGUGAACAAGAUUCAGUCCGAUGUGUAAUAGCAAUUGGGUAUGUACAUAUUUUUCCUCGGUUCUGGGUAACAAAGUCUGUGUGAAAUUAUGUAAAUGUAGAAAAUGCUAGAUUUAUUUUAAUCUUUAAAUCUACUGUAAAUACUGUAAUUCGAUCUGCUUUUAAAACAUUAACAGUUUUCAUUUGCCAAUGUGGUGUGUCUACAUGUCUAAAAUUAGCUGGCAUUUGUAUUUACAAGAAGUGCAAAACAAUUGACUUGCUGUGCUUCCAUUGUAGUAUUCUUUUAAAAAUAAAGCGUAGUAUUGCAUUGAAGUGCCGGUGAAUGUGAACAAGUUGUCUUUGAAUAAAUCUGUGUACAGCUCUGA